AUGAACUACGCCAAGAAAGAAUCAUCAACCGUCAUCCUUAAGUCACUUGAAUUCACAAAUUCAAACAACGUUGUAAUAAGCGGAUUGACAUCAUUGAAUAGCCAAAUGUUCCACAUUGUCAUCAAUGAAUGCCAAAACGUCAAAGUGCAAGGGGUGAAAAUCAUGGCCUCUGUUGAGAGCCCCAACACCGACGGAAUUCAUGUUCAAGCAUCAAGUGGUGUCACCAUCCUGAAUUCUAAGAUUAGUACAGGGGAUGAUUGUGUAUCAAUUGGCCCUGGCACCACUAAUACGUGGGUUCAAAAUGUUGCCUGUGGACCUGGCCAUGGAAUCAGCAUUGGAAGUUUAGGCAAGGACCUUCAAGAAAGUGGAGUCCAGAAUGUGACAGUCAAAGGAGCUACAUUUACUGGAACUGACAAUGGAGUGAGAAUCAAGACCUGGGGUAGACCCAGCAACGGUUUCGCCAGGAACAUUGUUUUCCAACAUCUUGUCAUGAAUAACGUUCAAAAUCCUAUUAUUAUUGAUCAAAAUUACUGUCCUGAUAACAACAAUUGCCCUGGCCAGGUUUCUGGGGUAAAAAUUAGUGGCGUGACCUAUCUAGAUAUCCAUGGAUCAUCAGCAACAGAAAUUGCAGUGAAAUUUGAUUGCAGUAAGAAGUAUCCAUGUACUGGGAUCAAAUUAGAGGGUAUAAAUCUCACUUACAAGAACCAACCAGCUGAAGCAUCAUGCAACAAUGCUGGAGGAGCCUGUCUGUAGAAGGGGAAACUAGCAAAAUAGUCAUGUGUUAAUCUUCAUAGGAAUAUAGAAAUUAUAUAUGAGGUGCGAUGUGCAAGUUAAUAAUGUUGGUCUAAGUGGAGUAGCUAAUUGACGUGAAUGUCAUUAAUUGCUUGGGCCAGUGGCAUUUCCACAGCAUGUAAUCGCUUGGAGCCCGGCUUUGCAAUUAUAUGGGAUAGU